UAAUGUGUGUGCGGCUCCUCUCUCUCUCCCUCUGACAACCCUUAACACCCAACAAUAACAAUAACAACAUGGCUAAUGUUUUCAUCCUGGAUAAUGGCGCUUACUCUAUUAAAGGAGGAUUUUCCAACCAAAAUGAACCCAGAAUAAUGCCCAAUGCAAUCAUGAAGGCCAAGAGUGAGAGGAGACGACCUUUUAUAGCAGACCAAGUGGAAGAUUGUAGAGAUGCUUCUGGUCUCUUCUACAUUCUACCUUUCCAGAAGGGAUAUUUGGUCAACUGGGACAUUCAAAAAACUAUAUGGGACUACAUGUUUGGUAAAGACGUGUUCAACGUAAACCAUUCCAACACCACGAUGAUCAUCACCGAACCUUACUUUAACUUCACCAGCACACAGGAGGCACUAAGUGAAAUAUUUUUCGAAGAAUACGAUGUCGAUGCCUUGCUUAGAAUUAAUGCUGGCGACCUGUCUGUCCACAAAUACCAUCGGGACCGACCUCGGGAGUUGUGCUGUUUACUGGUGGAGUCGGGCUUCAGUUUUACACACAUUGUGCCUUACAUCCAAGGCAAGAAGCAGAAGGAUGCCAUUUUGAGAGUUGAUGUGGGUGGUAAAGUGCUCACCAACCAUCUUAAAGAAAUCAUAUCUUACAGACAGCUGAACGUUAUGGACGAGACGUACGUGAUCAACCAGGUCAAGGAAGAUGCGUGUUAUGUUUCUCAGGACUUUAAUGCGGACAUGGCAAUAGCCAGAGGCAACAAACAGGAAAAUACAAUCUUAAGAGACUAUGUGCUGCCAGAUUUUACAACCAUAAAACGUGGUUAUGUCAGAUCGCUGGAGGAAUCCACAGGGAAAGCUACUGGGAGCGAACAGAUCGUUCGUCUGAACAAUGAACGUGUGAGUGUUCCAGAGCUGUUGUUCUACCCAAGUGACGUUGGUAUCCAGGAGAUGGGCAUCACCGAGGCUAUAGUUCAUUCUAUUAACAAAUGCCCGGAAGAAACAAGGCCUCAUUUAUACAGAAAUAUUCUACUGACUGGUGGUAACUGCAAUUUUCCCGGGUUUAAAGACAGAGUUUAUAAGGAUGUUCGGUCUAUGUCUCCUGAUGAAUACGACAUUAAUGUAACUAUUGCAAAGAAUCCGACCACAUAUGCCUGGAGAGGCGGCGCUGCCAUCAGCAGAUCUGCACACUUUCCAGAGAUGCUGGUGACAAAGAGAGAGUGGGAAGAAGAUGGUUUUACCAUCUGUCAAGAGAGGUUUAAUGUAUAAACCCUGGGUGGUUUACUGUUUGAACUCUUAAGAGGUUUAAAUUCAAGAGGACACCACAUGAACGGGAAUUAUGGCUAAUGAAGAGAAUUUCACUGCCUGUUGCAUCAUGGCCGGAAUAAUUUAUCCUCUCCUGUUAAAUGCAAGUUGCAGCUUGACAAUGAUCUGCAACAUGUUAAAACAUUUUGCAUGGUGAUGUUGACUAGAUGUGAAAAAAGAAACGUGUACAGUUCUGGAUAUUUAUUAUAGGAAAUAUUACUCUGUGAGUGGCUCCUUCAGCCAUAAUGAAGACAAAUGGCUUUAUUAUGACUGUAGAAGACAAAUGGCCUCAUUAUGACUGUAGAAGCCAAGUGGCCUCAUUAUGACUGUAGAAUCCAAGUGGCCUCAUUAUGACUGUAGAAUCCAAGUGGCCUCAUUAUGACUGUAGCAGCCAAGCAGUUUCAUUAUGAUUGUAGAAGCCAAGUGGCCUCAUUAUGACUAGAAUCCAAGUGGCCUCAUUAUGACUGUAGAACCCAAGUGGCCUCAUUAUGACUAGAAUCCAAGUGACCUCAUUAUGACUGUAGAAGCCAAGUGGCCUCAUUAUGAUGUUAGAAUCCAAGUGGCCUCAUUAUGAUGUUAGAAGCCAAGUGGCCUCAUUAUGACUAUAGAAGCCAAAUGGCUUCAUUACAACUGUAGAAGUCACUCCUGGUGAAGCAUUUAAUCUAAUAAGUGUCUCGAAGUAUGCAUAAUUUUUUUUCCCCACAAAAUAUUCAGCAUUUCCUCGUAUAGAUUAUUUGUUGAGGGAAGUUAUGGUAUACUGUGAUGUCCCUGUUGGUACCUGCAUGAUAAUUACUAUUAAGGGACUACCAUGAAGUACACACAAGUGUGUACAAUGUACCUGAAUUUUCAAUAAACAUUAUUAUUAG